AUGGAUCGCCGCAUUACUCGCUCUGCAGCACGGGCUGCUGCAUUAAUUGCAGAGGGAAACAGCACUUCCAUCACUCAAGAGUCAGGCACUAAAGUGAACAAACGAAAGCGUCUCAAUCAAACUGACACUUCCAAUGCCCCCAAUACUCUAAAUACGCCCAAAACAAACACAAUCACUGAGUUGAAAUCCUCCAAUGAUCCCAAUCUAGAAAUCAAGCAAGAGAAGCCAGUGUCACGCCCAGCCUUGUUUGGUGAACUCCCUCACAACCUAGGAUCUGCGCCAGUCCCAUUAUCUGUAACAGUGCAGCCUACAGUCCCAAUUGCUAAGUCUGACAAGGAAAACCAAACUUUAGAGGGCAAACAAGUUCACAAUCUCGCUACUGAGCUCCAAGAUACUGUGGACAAAGCUACAACCAAGUUGGAAAAAAAACCUAAGUGUCCAACUACCCCAACCGGCCGGAAGCCCAAGAAGAAUACUUAUGGCUUGACGCCCGGUAUCUCUCCUUUUCCCGAGCUAGUUCGGCCAACCGCCGAGGAGUGUGAAGAUGUCAAUCAGCUGUUAUCCAGCAUUCAUGGGGUAUUCACUGCACCAGCAACCAUCCCUGAACCCUCCCUGACAGUCACUGGAUGUGGUGAGGUCCCAUCUGUUCUGGAUGCCCUAAUCCGUACCCUUCUCAGCGGGGCCACCACUGGUACCAAUGCCGCUAAGGCCUUCGGUGGACUUGUCCAACGGUUCGGCAUUCUUUCAGAAGGCAUUGGCAAGGGCAGUGUGAAUUGGGAUGCCGUACGACAGGCUACCGUGAGAGAUGUGUUCGAAGCAAUUAAAAGUGGUGGCUUAGCCGACAUCAAAAGCAAGAACCUCAAGACGAUUCUUGACAUGGUCCACAAGGACAAUCAGGCGCGCCGAGCUACAUUGUUAAACUCUGAGUCCAAGAAUGACUCAAUGUCUAAGCUGGUACCUGAGAAGGCUGAAAAGGACAAGCAAUAUGAGAUUGCCUGUGCAGAUCAGAACUUCCUCUCUCUAAAUCACCUCCACAAUCUCUCCACUGAAGAAGCCAUGACCGAACUGAUCAAGUACCCCGGAAUCGGACCCAAGACAGCCGCCUGUGUGAUCCUGUUCUGCCUCCAGCGGCCGUGUUUCGCCGUCGAUACCCACAUCUUCCGGCUCUGCCGUUGGCUCGGGUGGAUUCCUGCGCGUGCAAACGAAGUAAGCGCCUUCAGCCACCUGGAAGUACGCAUCCCCGACCACUUGAAGUAUUCGCUUCACCAACUGUUCAUCCGGCAUGGGAAGACCUGCCCCCGGUGCCGAGCUGCUACAGGCGAGUCCAGUGCUGGCUGGGAUGACGGCUGUGUUAUUGAUCACCUCUUAACUCGCGAUGGGAAGCGCAAAGGCAAUGGUCCGGCUGUUGUUUCUAAGAAGAAAGCAGCUGCCAUCAGCUCGGCUGGUAAGCGUAAGAGAACGAACAAGGACUCCGAGGAGGAGACUGAGGAAAGCGAGUGUUCGAUUUCCGACGAAACAAGUGAUGAGUGA